GGCACCUUCAUGUUUAGCGCACUAAGCUGUAAGAAUGACUCAAAAACUAAGCAGCAAAUUUGUCGAGUACGUUUUUUAUUUUAAAAGGAUGACCGGAAGUGUAGUAGCUUGACACUAUUUCAAAAAGACGGGGCUUUUUUUGAGAUGCAUUUUUACAUUUUACUGUACAGCUGGACAAAAAAACACAGUACAAACUUGCUUUGCCUGUAGUUUAAUAUAACAUAAUAUCCUACAGAUAUAUACCGACAUGUAUCUCCUACAUUUACAGUUGUGAGCACAGCCGAGCAUCCUUCAGUGGGCAGCUAAUGAAGGAGCUAACCUUAAGUUUCGUAACUAAAGCGACAUUUUUCGGACUCUUCUUCUCGAGUUUACACUCGUGGGACAAUACAUUAGCGACAUAAUGUAUUUAUCCGCCUUCACCACGGUUUUAACUGUGGUUUGUGACGUUUGUGCCACUUGGAAAGACAAAAGCUGAACUUUAACCUCGCCGAGACUUACUCAGAGAGCACAGCGGGGCAUGUCCUCCAUGAUGUGGACGUGCUUCGCUGUUUUCCUGCUGUGGAUGAGGUCUGGAGGAUGCACAGAGAAGGCCAACACGUCAGACCUGAUUGAAUACACAGCUGCAGACUUCAUUGACAAGCUGCAGUCUGGGAAGACCAUGUUCGUCUAUUUCCAGCAUCAGGUCACUCCAACCAUCUCUCUCUUCUUGGCGGAGUUGGAAAUGUCUGCGGACGCUCUGCAGGAUUAUGGGGUUAUGGUUGGCAAGGUCAACUGCAAUAAAGAGCAGGUUCAGCCGUACUGCACAGGAGAACGGGCGCUGCACACAGCUUUUCUGUUCAGGGCUGGUAAAGAGUUCUCUGGUUUUGAUCUGGACACCGUGUUUGAUGUCAACUCUAUCGUCGCUGAAGUCCUGUUUGCCAUUCUGCGCGAAGAGAUCAGGUACGUCCACACAGACGCCGACCUCCUGGCCAUGGAGAAGGCAGCCAGGGGGAAGAAGGACAUUGUGUUGGGUUACGUCCGCAGUCUGGGAACACAAGAGCACAGAUCGAUGAUGGCGACGGCUUACGUGUACGGAUCCAAAUACCAAUUCAUCCUCAUAACUGGAGGCCCAGUUUUGGAGCACUUAGGUGUCGAUGAGCGGUCCGUCUCGUCUCAAGUGUGGUUCCUCCACUGUAGAGUCCGAAGUGUGUUCACGACCCAGACCAGCUCUGAGCGCUGCCAUCUGACUCGUAUGAGGAAACCCCUGACCACCCUCAACCUGCACUCCUUCCUGCAGCUCAUGGAGGCUCCACUUGUGUCUGAAGUAUAUGACGACCCCUCCUCAGUCCAGGCCCCCCACUUCCCCUACCAGCAGACCCCUCAGGUCUUCCUGUUCUCUCGCCCCGCAACUGAGCACCUGGACCGGGACACUGCCACCACUCUGGCCUGGAGGCUUCGCGGCCUCGCCCUGCUGAUGCUCGUACACAGACAGAGUCCUGCAGUGAAAACGCCUGAUGAAUAUAAUGUGGCGUACAGGCUGCCUGAGAAGAGCUUAGAGUUGAAGUAUUUGACCUUGCACGACCUUGAUGAGGUGUUGGAACUCUUCACAUAUCAAGAGAAAGAGGAGGAGGAGGAGAAGUAUGAUGCGUACGAUGAGGAGAAUGAUGCCAUAUUUGAAUUGCUGGACGAUGAAAUUGCGCUGUCCGUCUAUGAAAACAGAGGCAACAUGCUGGACAUGGACUUAAUUACCCAACUAACCUCUGAGAACUUCCACGCCGCAGUAGCUCAAAGCAGCCUGACAGUGGUGCUCUUCUACCUCAAAUGGGAUGCUGUUUCAGAGGCCGUCCUCGGUUCCUUCAUCGAAGUUGCAGAGAAACUUGCAGAUGAACAGGAGAGCAAAGCAGAUGUUGAUUCCACGGUCCAGAUGUGCGCCGUCAACUGCGUGGAGUGGACUGACCUCUGUGCCGCUCAGUCAGGCGGCUCCCUCCCGAUCCCAUUCCAGCCAAUCACGGCCUUCCCCAGCGUCUUGCUGCUCCGCCCUCAGGAGUCGGCCCAACACUACAAAGGAAUGCUGGGUACUCAGGCGCUGCAUCGCUUCAUCCUGAUGAGCCGCCCAGCUUCUCCUGCGCUGCUGUCCACCCAAGAGGAAGUGACAUCAUUCCUUCAGGAAGUGCCUCUCCCAGGCUAUAAGCCUGACAGAGUACUGGGAGUGUUUGAGACACAAACACACACAGGUGUGUCACCGUUUACUGAAGCGGCAAAGUCACUGAGAGGAGAGGUGCUGACUGGACUGCUGACAGACGGGCUGGCAGAGAAAUGGGCGGCAGAGCACACUGUGGAUCUUCCCGCCGUGUUUGUGUUUCCAUCUUGGAGGACUCAUCCGGCCACGCUGUCUGUGUCCACCUCUGCUGAAGGCCUGCUCACGCAAAUCAACGCCGCGCUGCUGCACCCACUGCCUGAGCUGACGGUGGAGAACCUGCCGUCCUUCCUCUCCCUGGGUAAAGCCCUCCUGAUCCUCUUUGUGGGCGAAGAGGAGGAUGAGAUCGGGCAAAGGCAGAACCAGGCUCUGGUGGAGGAGAUGAGAGGAUUGGUAGAGUCUGGAGGGUGGAGGAUGGAGCCAUACCUGGCCUGCUGGAUCCACCUUGGUCGCACUCCAGCUGGUAUGUCUGUCCUGGGGUUAUACCUGAACUCGAUGCCUCCACUCCCUGCUCUGGUCCUCACCCAUUUGCCCUCUGGGGAUGAAAUCUACCAAUAUCCCCAAAACACCCCCAUAGUGGCCUCCUCUGUGCUCCAGUGGCUGCAGAGGAUCGAGGACAGCACUGAGACACCAGCAGGGACGUUGGGUGAGAACAGCUGGCCUCCUGCUGUCGAUUUUUAUGACUUCCUGAAAAUCAUGGACACGCAGGAAGCCGACUCGCACACCCCUGAAGAGGAAGAGGAAGAGGAAGAGGUGGACGAGGAAGAGGCAAACGUGGAAGAAGAUCUGGUUGUAGAAGAAGAGACAGAUUCCACCUCCAGCUCUCCAGCUCCUGACAAUAACCCUAACACUCACUCUGAACUAUAACAGACCAAGAUGGGAGGGAAAUGACACUAAAUCGCUCAUUAAAUAUGUUUUUCUAU